CUAAUAAAUGAGUGCUAAUGUUUCCCUUCUAGGUCGAAUACAUCAAGCUAUGGUAACAUCUCUCAAUGAAGAUAAUGAAAGCGUUACCGUUGAAUGGAUUGAAAAUGGAGACACUAAAGGCAAAGAGAUUGAUUUGGAGAGUAUAUUCUCACUUAACCCAGAUCUUGCGCCUGAUGAAGAUAUUGAACCCAGCCCAGAGACUCCACCACCUCCCACUCCUUCAGCCAAAGUAAACAAGAUUGUGAAGAAUCGACGGACUGUGGCUCCUAUUAAGAAUGAAACUCCUGCCAGAGACAACAGAGCGGUUGGUUCUGCACGUGCACGGCCUACUCAACUUCCUGAACAGUCUUCCUCUACACAACAGAAUGGUAGUGUUUCAGAUAUAUCUCCAGUUCAAGCUGCAAAAAAGGAAUUUGGACCCCCUUCACGUAGAAAAUCUAAUUGUGUGAAAGAGGUUGAAAAAUUGCAAGAGAAACGUGAGAAAAGAAGGCUACAGCAGCAGGAACUUAGAGAAAAAAGAGCUCAGGAUGUUGAUGCUACAAACCCAAAUUAUGAAAUUAUGUGUAUGAUAAGAGAUUUCAGGGGAAGUUUGGAUUAUAGACCAUUGACAACAGCUGAUCCUAUUGAUGAACACAGGAUAUGUGUUUGUGUACGAAAACGGCCGCUCAAUAAAAAAGAAACUGUAAUGAAAGACCUUGAUGUAAUCACAAUUCCUAGUAAAGAUGUUGUGAUGGUACAUGAACCAAAACAAAAGGUGGAUUUAACAAGGUACCUAGAAAACCAAACUUUUCGCUUUGACUAUGCCUUUGAUGACACUGCUCCUAAUGAAAUGGUUUACAGGUUUACAGCUCGACCAUUAGUGGAGACCAUAUUUGAAAGGGGAAUGGCCACAUGUUUUGCAUAUGGGCAAACAGGCAGUGGAAAAACCCAUACUAUGGGUGGUGACUUUUCAGGAAAGAACCAAGAUUGUUCUAAAGGAAUUUAUGCACUUGCAGCUCGAGAUGUCUUUUUAAUGCUAAAGAAGCCAAACUAUAAGAAGUUAGAACUUCAAGUAUAUGCAACAUUUUUUGAGAUUUACAGUGGGAAGGUUUUUGACUUGUUGAACAGGAAGACCAAAUUAAGGGUGCUGGAGGAUGGUAAACAGCAGGUCCAAGUGGUGGGAUUACAUGAACGGGAGGUUAAAUGUGUUGAAGAUGUACUCAAGCUUAUUGAAAUAGGCAACAGCUGCAGAACAUCUGGUCAGACAUCUGCAAAUGCACAUUCAUCUCGGAGCCAUGCAGUGUUUCAGAUUAUUCUCAGAAGGAAAGGGAAACUGCAUGGUAAAUUUUCUCUGAUUGAUUUGGCUGGAAAUGAAAGAGGAGCAGAUACUUCCAGUGCUGAUAGGCAAACACGGCUGGAAGGUGCUGAAAUUAACAAGAGCCUUUUAGCACUCAAGGAGUGCAUUAGAGCCUUAGGCCGAAAUAAACCUCAUACUCCAUUCAGAGCAAGCAAACUUACUCAGGUGCUAAGAGAUUCAUUCAUAGGAGAAAAUUCCCGUACCUGUAUGAUUGCUACUAUCUCUCCAGGGAUGGCAUCCUGUGAAAACACUCUAAAUACACUGAGAUAUGCAAAUAGAGUAAAGGAAUUUGGAAUUAGUCCUUCGGACAUUCCCUUCUCACAGAGUAGUGGCAGUCGCUCUGAUCUCUCUCCUUCCUAUGAGUAUGACGACUUUUCUCCUUCGAUCACCAGAGUGAAGGAACUGACGGUUGAUCCUAGUGCUGCAGGAGAUAUCCGUCCAAUUAUACACCAUGCUCCAAAUCAAAUUGAUGAUUUAGAGACACAGUGGGCUGUAGGGAGCUCACCUCAGAGAGAUGAUCUUAAACUUCUUUGUGAACAAAAUGAGGAAGAAGUUUCUCCACAGUUGUUUACUUUCCAUGAAGCUGUGUCACAAAUGGUAGAAAUGGAAGAGCAAGUAGUAGAAGACCACAGGGCUGUCUUCCAGGAAUCUAUUCGAUGGUUGGAAGAUGAAAAAGCUCUUCUAGAGAUGGCUGAAGAAGUAGAUUAUGACGUGGAUUCUUAUGCUACACAACUUGAAGCAAUCCUAGAACAAAAAAUUGACAUUUUGACUGAACUCCGAGAUAAAGUGAAAUCUUUCCGGGCAGCUCUACAAGAGGAGGAACAGGCCAGUAAACAGAUCAAUCCGAAGAGACCACGUGCCCUUUGAAAUGGGCCUCUGCUGCUAAUGGAUCCCCCGAGCCCUUACUGCUGUAACAUACAGUUGUUAUGAGAUGGUGGCUGUAAGAACUCAACUACUUGAAAGCAUAAAAACUUUUGAAGUCUCUGUGGAAAUGUCCAGUUUCUCCUUCACCUGAAUGACAUUUUCAGUUUUGUGUGAAACACUUCAAUGAUGUCUCCAGAAUGCUUCUAGACCAGACAGCACAGCACAACCAUGCAGGGUUCAGAGCUGUGAAGCACUUUGUUGAAAAAUUUUCAUUUAUUCAAAUUGUGAAUUUUAUGUUUUGGAAAUCUUUGCCAUUUUUUUUUAAUAAUGAAGUAAAACUGUGGACUUGAAAAACUUCACUAUUUCCUUUUAAUGAUGUCCAAUUUUGUUACAAAGACCAGCUGUUCAGUUUUAAAUUGUGUUUGCGUGCAUGCACACCUCAUCAGUGAUUGUACAUAACUUCUCUUCUAGAGAUAGCUGUGCUAACCUAUUCCCAUUCUGUGCCUUGAUGAAGGCUACUUGAUCCUAAAUGUCCUUUCUGAAGCACAGCCUUAAUAAAUGACAUUCCUUAUUUGUCAAUGUAAA